UGUCGUGUUGUGGACUGAUCAACGAAAUUUAUGAAGUUUGUUUUGUCUUCAAAAUUUAGAUUUUUGUAAAUUCUGUGGCCAUGAGAUAAAUUAUUGACCUAAGAUAAAACAAUAUUUUUGCUAAAUAUCACAUAACAAUAUUACAAUGGAGUUAAAUUGUGUUGGAUUGUAAAAUAUGAGUUAAGUGCUUUUCUUCAUUUGAUGUCACACGCGAUUCCAGUCCACGAGUGGAAAAGUAAAAUUUUAGCGAUAGGAUCGUUAUAUGCACGCAGCGGGAAUGACAAUAAUGGCAGUUUCUGUUGGCGAAAUUUGCGAGAAUACGAAGCUGGCUCGAGAAAUGGCUCUGAUGGGUAACUACGAAUCAGCACUUGUCUACUACGAGGGAACCGUCCAGAUGAUCCACAGGUUGCUGAUCACAAUUGCUGAUACAACCCGCAAGUCCAAGUGGCAGUUGGUACAAAAGCAGAUGGCGAGAGAAUACGAACAACUAAAAGCGACUGUCGCAACGCUCCAAAUGUUCCAGCAUGAAGGUGAAAAAGCUAUCACUCCGCUUACGACUAAUUACGAGGAGCUGCCGACGCGAGACCAGAUGUGGGGGGCUGCACCUCACGAGAUCGACCCGGACAUCUGGCCGCCGCCGCCGGACCGCGACCCCAACGCAUGGCCGCCCCCUACCAGCGUUGAGCACAAAGGUCCGCCAGCGAUGAAGUCUGCUCGCAACAACAUCCGCAACAAUCGAGACAACAAGAAGCCGUCCACUGCCCAGCGUAAUGCCACCACCUCGCAGCGCAAGACCUCUGAUAUCAAGAACCCCAAGCUCAAUACUAACAAGGCUCAUAGUGCAAAGACAAAGGAGUCCAACAACAAAGAUCACAGCGGCAAAGACAAGCAGGACAGGGACAACAACAACGGUGAUACAGACGACGAGCGACACAAAGAUGAGGAGCGGCGAUUUGAACCGCCAUCAGCUGCUGACACAGACCUCGUUGAUAUGCUUGAGAGAGAUAUAGUACAAAAGAACCCUAACAUAAGAUGGGAUGACAUCGCGGACCUGACGGAGGCCAAGAGGCUGUUAGAGGAAGCGGUCGUCUUGCCAAUGUGGAUGCCGGACUUCUUCAAGGGAAUCAGACGUCCGUGGAAAGGUGUGCUGAUGGUGGGACCACCAGGCACAGGAAAGACGAUGCUGGCCAAGGCGGUGGCCACGGAGUGCGGCACCACUUUCUUCAAUGUUUCCUCAUCUACCCUCACAUCUAAAUACCGCGGAGAGUCGGAGAAACUCGUACGAUUGUUGUUUGAAAUGGCGAGGUUCUACGCGCCGAGCACGAUUUUCAUCGACGAGAUAGACUCGCUGUGCUCGCGGCGCGGCUCCGACAGCGAGCACGAGGCCUCGCGCCGCGUCAAGUCUGAGCUGCUCGUGCAGAUGGACGGCCUCGGAUCCGCCACUGAUGAACCCGCAAAGGUAGUAAUGGUGCUAGCAGCAACUAACUUCCCGUGGGACAUAGACGAGGCGCUGCGGCGACGUUUAGAGAAGAGAAUCUACAUACCGCUGCCGACGCAGGAGGGCCGCGAGGCGCUGCUGCAGAUCAACCUGCGUGAGGUCAAAGUCGACCCCGAGGUGGACCUCAGGCUGAUCGCUAUGAAACUAGACGGAUAUUCCGGAGCUGAUAUAACGAAUGUUUGCCGUGACGCAUCAAUGAUGUCGAUGCGUAGGAAAAUAGCUGGUUUGAAACCGGAACAGAUCAAGCAGCUGGCGAAAGAGGAACUCGACCUUCCAGUAACAAGGCAGGAUUUCCUCGAAGCACUCGCUAAAUGCAACAAGUCCGUGUCCAAGGGGGACAUACAGAAAUACCUCACGUGGAUGGACGAAUUUGGAUCAUCCUGAUUCACGUAGUCUAACCUAAAAGACCAUAAAAAAUGCAAUAACAGUGUGAAACACGCUUUAAGUUGUAUAAAUAACGUGUUUAAAUUUGAUAUAAAAAUUUCCCUUAUUGUAGUAGAUAAGUAUGGAAUAGUGGAAUGUUGCAGUAUUAAUAUGACUGAUGCAAAGGUUUGAAUACAUAGCACUUGGAACAGAAUUUUAUUAGAAAAAUUAUUUGAAUCAUGUCUUAUUUUAAAAAUUAAUACUUUUUUGCUUCAUAAUAGUUAUUUUUGUACAAUAAUCAUUACAACCGAAUUAAAUAUCUUUGUUAAUUAUUUUAUUAUUUUUAAUUUGGAAGUCAACAAACUUGGAAGUUAACAAGAAGAUAUUGUGACCUUUUUCGAAUAACUUUAUAAAUAAAAUAUUUGUAACAGGCCUUUUUAAUCUAGUUUUUAGAGCAAUAUAGCUAAUAUUUGGUUUAUAACAAUGUUUUUAGUGUAUUCAAGCCUUUGUUAGAUUUUUUUACAACGAUAGUAAUUUUGCCACUGAAAAGAUAACAUUCCCGCUGGAACAAAUGCAAUGUAUAUAGACAAUAGUGAUUAAAAUUUUACCUAACACUGACUUCACACAUAUUUAAAAACAUAUAUUUUGUAAAUUUCUAGCGGUUUAAAUUUUUUGGUGUAUAAUAUUUUCUACUACGGCUUAAUUUAACUUGCUAGCUUCAAGAUCUGUGUUCAAAGUUAACUAAACUAUAGUAAGUCGUGAUCUUUGUACUUAAAUCAUAGUUUUAUUUUGAGAUUUAUAACUGGUUUAGUUGAUAAUUUUUAUGCCAUAACUAAUUUAUGUGUAAUUUUUUUAUAGAAAUUUUAUAUAGAUUUUUUUUUCAAUUAUGUUUGUUGAUUGUAUAAAGAUGAGAUAUAUAUUUGGCAUUGUAUACAUUCGCUCAAUUUAAAUUAAUAAACUUUUGUUAGCUUUAGAUGUAUGAUAGAAAAUUUUUAAGUUGUUCGUCGAAAAAUUUUGCCCUUACGUGAUGCCACAUGUCCCUUUCCUUAUUGAAUAUUUUAUAAAUAAUGUAGUUAUAACUAAAUUAAACACUCAGUACAAAACAACAAUAUCGCAAAUUGUCAAUAUUUUGUAGUAGAAACUUGUUAUGCGAUUAUUUUAAAUUAAUUCAUCGUUUAUAAAAUAUUUGGUUUCUAAGACCAAAAUCUCCGUUGAAAACAUGUAAUAAGUGAGAAACCAACUGUAAGAUAAUGAGGUUAGCUAAACCUACAGGGUAAGGUACGUCUAAAAUAGAACUUAUCUUAACUACAUCAUAAUCGUUUAUUUUGUAUUGGACAUUUUGAUUGAAUAAAUAUUACCCAACUGACAUACGAACAAAAUAAUAUUUGUAUAAAUAAAAUAUGACAUUUCGUUUCCAUCGUAAAAAAAAUCAGGAUAAAUGAUGAGUAUGUGUAAAAAUAUAAUUGUCCAAAAAAAGUUGACAAAGCUGUUUUUAUGGAGAUAUUAUCAAUUUACGAUAUUGUUCUGAGGUAACAAAAAAUAACUUUUAAUAAUCAUUCUCCGCAUCUUCUCAGAUGUUCGGUGAAUAUAACUUUAUUUAAUGAUGCGAUAUUGGUACAAAAAAAUAAUAUUUUUGCAACAAUGUUAACCACCUUUGUAUAACGGAAACAAAAAUAAAACGAUUUUUAAGAAA